UUUAACAGAGAUCUAUCCAGCAACCAAAUUUCUGGUAUCAUUCCUCCUGCCCUGAAUAAUUUAUCAAGCCUCGAAUCCAUCUUUCUUUCCUGGAACUUUCUUGAAGGGACCAUACCACGAUCUUUAGGGCAACUUUCGUCUCUCAACACUUUGGAUCUCAGUAUCAAUUUACUUACCGGUGAAAUUCCUGCUGAAUUGGGCAAUUUGAGUAAACUUGAGGACUUGGAAUUACAGGAGAAUCUACUGGAGGGCACACUUACACCAGCACUUGCAAAGUUGGAGAAUCUCUCACUAUUGACGGUAGCAUCCAACUGUUUAACUGGGAAAUUGCCAAACGACGCGGUAGGUGGAAACAACUUUUUCGGUCAAAUUCCCAAAUAUAUUACCAAGUGGAAACAACUACAACAACUGAAUCUCUUAGGAAAUGAAUUUGAAAAUCCAACAUUGGGUUUCUUUAAUAUGUCAGAGCUUCGAUAUUUGGCCGUUAGUGACGUUAGCAUUACAGGAUCAAGUUUCGAGAUGCCAGAAAUGACUCAUCUCACAAAUAUAGAAGAAUUAAUAAUCAGAAAUUGCUCCAUUACUGGCGUAAUCCCGGAAAGCAUCGGCAACUGUUCAGAAUUAACAUACCUAGACUUGAGCUUUAACAAGUUGACGGGUGGAAUUCCGAAAUCUAUGGAGAAUCUGACAUUGGAUUAUUUGAUUCUAACAAGCAAUAUGCUUAGUGGGAAUAUCAACCUUUCCUGGAUAAAGAAAAUGGAACUAGCGGAUCUUUCAUUCAAUAAUUAUACUACUUCCAUGUUUCCUUCAAAUCCGACAAAGAAUAUGAACUUAGACAAUAGGACUAUAGAUAUUGUGAGAGCAAAGGAAAAGACAAAGACAAAUGUUAUUGAACCAACCAGGAGUUCCAUAUCGAGGAUGAGUAAAGCUUUUUGUCAAGACAAAUACCACAAAUACGAUUCCCUUCGUAUAAACUGUGGUGGUAGUAGUACACCAGUAGGCGGAACUGAGGAUGAAUAUGAAGCUGAUGAUCACAAAUCCAACUUUUUUGUAAGUUCAGACCAUCGUUGGGCUUAUGUUUGCACUGGAGAUUUCUACUUUGCAGAAGCCAAUUAUAAAGACUACGUACAGAACGCUUCAUGUGGACUUUCGCCUUCUGAGGAAACUAUAUCUCAAACUGCUCGUAUUUGCCCUCAGUCUCUAACAUAUUAUGCCUUCUGUUUACAAAAAGGCAACUACAGUGUCAAACUUCACUUUUUUGAAAUCGUUUUUUCAAAUAAGAGCAGGAUGGGGAAACGUAUAUUCGAUAUUUACAUUCAGGGGAAGAGAGAACGAAAGGAUUUCAGUAUUAAAGAUUUGAAGGCUUCAGACAAAUCAUCCAUAGAUAUAAAUACAAGUGUGCAUGAGGAUAGUCUACUGACAAUCCAUUUUUUCUGGGCUGGCAAAGGGUCUACAAACCUCCCAAACAAUCUUAACGGACCUCUCAUUUCUGCUAUUAAUGUAACUCGUGUGAAUCCAGUCACCAAAGGAAGGAGAGGCCUCUCUACUGGCCAAAUAAUAGGGAUUGUAAUUGGCUCUGUAUUAGCUGCCUCUCUUUUAUUAUUGGCUUUCAUGUGGAGAUUUGGAUGGAUAGGAGACAGAGAGUUGCGCGUGACGUCCGUUAAACUUCGAGACAAGUGGUACACCCUUAAACAAGUUAAAGAUGCAACUCGAAAUUUCAGCUCUAGGAAUAAGAUUGGUCAGGGGCGAUUUGGGAUAGUAUACAAGGCUGAACUGCCAGAUCAAACGGUAGCAGUGAAGAAGCUUUCUCUUCAAUCAAACCUUGACCAAGUAGGAACAGAAGUUUAUGCCUUGAAAAACUUGAAACACGAUAAUCUUGUCGAACUUUUGGAUGCCUAUUCUAAAAAAGACAUGCACUUGCUGAUAUACGAAUACAUGGAAAGAGGCUCACUUGAAAAAGCCCUGUUUGAUGAUCAAGAUUCUAAUAAACUGCAACUUGAUUGGCAAACAAGAGUUAACAUCUGCCUCGGAAUAGCGAAGGGUUUGAAAUAUCUACAUGAAGAAAAUCCAAAUCGCCAAAUUAUUCACAGAAAUAUGAAAGCCAGUAAUAUUCUGCUUGAUGGAAAUCUUAACGCUAAGGUAUCAGACUUAGGACUGGCAAAGCUUUACGACGAGGAAAAUCCAUACAAUUUCAUCCAAGAAAUAGGGACAGUGGUAUAUAUGGCACCAGAGUAUGCAAUGCGGAAAGCCAUAACAGAUAAGGUUGAUGUUUACAGUUAUGGAGUAGUUGNCCUUUGGGAUCUUUCAUUCAAUAAUUAUACUACUUCCAUGUUUCCUUCAAAUCCGACAAAGAAUAUGAACCUAGACAAUAGGACUAUAGAUAUUGUGAGAGCAAAGGAAAAGACAAAGACAAAUGUUAUUGAACCAACCAGGAGUUCCAUAUCAAGGAUGAGUAAAGCUUUUUGUCAAGACAAACAGCUCAAGUACGAUUCCCUUCGUAUAAACUGUGGUGGUAGUAGUACACCAGUAGGCGGAACUGAGGAUGAAUAUGAAGCUGAUGAUCACAAAUCCAACUUUUUUGUAAGUUCAGACCAUCGUUGGGCUUAUGUUUGCACUGGAGAUUUCUACUUUGCAGAAGCCAAUUAUAAAGACUACGUACAGAACGCUUCAUGUGGACUUUCGCCUUCUGAGGAAACUAUAUCUCAAACUGCUCGUAUUUGCCCUCAGUCUCUAACAUAUUAUGCCUUCUGUUUACAAAAAGCACAUACAAUGUCAACUUCACCUUUUUUGAAAUCGGUUUUUCAAAUACGAGCAGAUGGGGAAACAGGUUCUAAGGACUCUUGUAUUCGAGGUUUUGUGUUUUCUGGGUUUGGUUAUGACCAUGUAAAUGAUGACUAUAAAGUGGUUAGAAUGGUGCGGUUUAAACAAGAUGAGGAUGAUAAUAUCGGCUGGUUUAGUGAGUAUGAAGUUAAGGUUUUUAGUUUAAAAACUAAUUCUUGGAGACGGAUCAAGAAAUUGCCUAAUUAUCUUCGCUUUAUGUUUCAAUUUUAUUUCCAUCUUAUGCAUAGAAGAGGUUAUGGUGUGUAUGCUUGUGGGGUUUUACAUUGGGUGCUGCCACGAAGGCCCGAGUUGGGUGUUGGUAAUUUGAUAGUUGCUUUUGAUCUGGUGGAUGAAGAGUUUAGGGUGUUGCCACAGCCUGAUUAUGGUGAUAAUGAAAAAGAUUUUGUGUUGGAUGUGGGGGUUUUGGAGGGGAGAUUGUCUGUGAUCUGUAAUUAUAAUCAAGUUAAGGUUGAUGUGUGGGUGAUGAAAGAAUAUGGGGUGAAGGAAUCAUGGAGCAAGUUGUUUUCGAUUGAACGCAGUAGAUCAAUUUCUUCAUUUAGGUUCCUAAAGCCUUUAGCUUAUUCGAAAGGAUGUGGAGAUGGUGAUGGUAGGGAUAAGAUUCUCUUGGAUGUUAAUGGUGAAAAGCUUGUUUGGUAUGACUGGAAAAGGAAAAGACUUAAGACGGUUAGGAUUAAAGGUGCUCCGGAUUCGUUUGGGACAUUCUUGUGUGUGGAGAGCCUCAUUCCACUCAUUGAUGAGAAGAAGCAGCAGAGGCAAGAGAAAAAGAGGAAUCAUAAUAGGAAGAAGAGGGAUGAUUUCCUGUCAAAAGGAUUUAAGUUGGUUUUAUAAUUAAUUAAAAAAAAAAUGGUGCAGAACAGGCCCAAGUGAUAAGAGGGAUGAUAUGUCGUGUUUAAAUGCGAAGAAUUGUACUAGGCUUUUGUUUUUUUAGAAGGGCCAUAUUCUGUCCUUAUAUCCUUUUUGAUUUAGAUAGUGUGAAAAGAAUCUUUUGAGGUCAAUGAGAUAUGUCAUGAAAAGAGAAAAGAGAAUAUAUAUGCCUUUUGAAGGUUGUAAGCUCUUCAAUGAAUGUCGAGAGGAAGUUUUGCCUUCAAAUGACAAUUUUUUUAUCUAUUUUCUCUAGUUGUAUGUAAAUAAUAAAUAUGAAGGAGUCAAAGAAAAUAAAAAAAGGUUCUUGGAAUA